CUCACCACAUGGGUUUCAUUAGUUUAGCCGUGUCCUCCUGUCACGCACCCUGCCAUAAUUAGUAAGCCAUGACCUUUUUCUUAAGUUAUUAGUAAGCACAAACUUCAUUUUGGCCCAUCUGUCCGGACCCCCCCCCCAGUUUUCUACAGGCACCCACGUACGCCUGCCUUUUGAGCGAUUUUGACGUCUGGGAGAGUGGGAGCGAGCGCCUAGUUACUUGGGGCGAGCGAAGGAACUCUUGCUCCAGAGUGGCAGAGUGUUGUCCGUGUUGCGGUCCGGAGAUCGGGUAGAAAUGGACGGCCUCCACACGGAGCUGGCGCUGGGGCUGAUCGGGCAGCUCCAGACGGCGCCGUUCGUGGCCAAGACGUACCAGAUGGUGUGCGAGCCCAGGACGGACGCGCUCAUCCGGUGGGGCGGGGAGAACAACAGCUUCGUGGUGGCCGACGUCGCCGGCUUCUCGCAGCUCCUCCUCCCCUGCUUCUUCAAGCACGGCAACUUCUCCAGCUUCGUCCGCCAGCUCAACACAUACGGCUUCCGGAAGGUGCACCCGGACCGAUGGGAGUUCGCGCACGAGUCCUUCCUGCGCGGGCAGACGCACCUUCUGCCGCGCAUCGUGCGCCGCAAGAAGCGCGGCGAGGGCGGCGGCAGCGCCUCCUGCUCCUCUGCAACAAUCGACAGCGGCCACGAGCCGCAGCACGUGGCGUCGGCCAGUAGUACCGGAGACGAAUUGGACUUGGACGAUGACGAGGAGGAGGAAGGGAGUGAGGCGGUAUUGCUGGAGGAGGUCCAGAGGCUGCGGCGGGAGCAGACGGCCAUCGGGGAGCAGCUGGCGCGGAUGAGCCGCCGCCUGCAGGCCACGGAGCGGAGGCCCGACCAGCUCAUGUCCUUCCUCACCAGGCUCGCCGACGAGGAUUCCUCCGUCCAGCUUCUCGAGCAGGCCGCCGCCGAGAAGAAGCGGCAGCGCAUGCAGCAGAUGCAGAUGCAGUUCACCCCCUCCCGUGAUUUCGCGGCUCCUUCUUCUCCCAGUCCCAUCGCGCUACGUCCUCCUCCUCCGCGGCCACCGGCGGUGAUCGACGACGCGGCCAUGGUCGACGGGGUCUGGCGAUGGGCGGAGGAGCAGAAGCCUGCGCGGAGAUCGAUCACGACCUCAGAGCAGCCCGCUGCCAGCUCCGGGGCGCAGCAGGUGCCGGAGUUUGAGGGCGGCGGCGGGAGCGGCGUGGGGGUGGGACUGACUGAUGAUGGUGGGGCCGCCGCGGAGACGCCCUUCCCGUUUUGCCUACUUGGCCAGUGUUUCUUCUAACUAAUCGUCAUCUCUGAUGAUCACUUAGCUGUCGAGACACAUCAUGCUGGAUGUUUUGCACGGAGAAUCACUUGUUGGUGCUACGCGACGAGGUCCACAAUGGCCGUCGAGGAGGCAUUGCUCAUCGCGGCCGACCCUGAUGAGCUAGGGUUACGAAGUCCUGGACGGCGGGUUGCAUAGAAUAAGAUUCCUGUGUUUUUCUUCACAAAAAAAUGUUGCCAUGCGAGCAGACCCUCAUGUGGGAGCUGCUUUGUCCACCUCAACACUAACAUGCCUGGUUCACCUCGGGCUGGUCUGAUUUUUGGACUUCGGGUAGUCAACAACGAAGGGCAAGCUAGAUGACAAGGUUUGGAGAUGUGCUAGUUUGAGGACUAAGGUGUUUCAGUGAUUGUCAAUGUAAUUUCCUCAUGCAGAAUCGUUC